AUGGAAAUUUUCCGUCGGAGUUCCGGCGAUAACGAGAAGGGCUGCUGCCGUCGAAAAACAGGCUUGCUGGGGUUUGGAUGCGGUCGCCGGCGUGGUGUGCUGCGACGCUUCAGAGAAGACCUGAGUGGCAAUCCCAGCAAUUGUCACUCAUUGGCGAGCCAGGCCGAUCCACCAACGGAAGAAGCGGGUUGCGGCGCUCCAUUUGGUUUUUCGCGUCGCGUGGAAAUGAAAGAUGGAUUUGACGCUUUUUCCACUAGUAAGCAUUGCUUUUUGAAUUUCCAUUUGUGUUUUUCUGUAAAAUAUACGGUGACCGAUGUUUUACAGUGA